AGGCGCGAGCUUUAUGUGCACCAACAAGAGCGGAAACAAACUGUCGUCUGUCUUUUAGUACUCUAGUACUCACGUAAACAAACAAACUACCACCGAGCAUUUUGUAGCAGGCUGAAUUUGGAGCAGAAAUGAAGGAGCGGGCGCUUUGCUUCGUCUUGCUGCAACUUUUCACCGCUCGACUCUUGCCUGGGGUGAACGGCGAGCUCUGUAAGGUGAAUGUUUGCUCUAAUGGCGGCACCUGCGUGACAAAGGCAGGCGCUCCGUUCAUUUGCAUCUGCCCUGACGGCUUCACUGGAGAAACGUGCAACCAGAUCGAGACAGGUCCUUGCAAGCCCAACCCGUGCAAGAACGACGGCAUCUGCGCGGCGACGGGCCAAUCCCGCCGCGGCGACGUCUUCAGCGAGUACGUGUGCAAGUGCCAGCCGGGAUUUGACGGCGUCCACUGUCAAAACAGUAUCUUUGCGGCAGAUUUAAGCUCAAGAACAGACGUGAACGACUGCGCCGGGCAGCCGUGCCAGAACGGAGGAAGCUGCCGGGACUUGGACGGGGAUUUCAAAUGCCGCUGCCCGUCCCCUUACGUGGGCAAACACUGCCAGCUGCGUUGUAUUUCUCUGCUGGGCAUGGAGGGCGGCGGCGUGGGCGAGUCGCAGAUCUCCGCCUCGUCCGUCCGCUACACCUUCCUGGGCCUGCAGCGUUGGGGCCCCGAGCUGGCGCGCCUCAAUAACAAAGGCCUGGUGAACGCCUGGAGCCCCGCCACCCACGACAGGCACCCGUGGCUGGAGGUGAACCUGCAGAGGAAGAUGCGCAUCACCGGCUUGGUGACGCAGGGCGCCAGUCGCGUCGGAAGCGCCGAGUACAUCAAGACUUUCAAAGUGGCGUCCAGCCUGGACGGCAAGACGUACACCCUGUACAGGACCCAGGACCAGACCAAGGACCAAAUAUUUUCUGCAAACGUCGACAACGACGGCACCAAGACCAACGUGUUUGACCCGCCCAUCAUCUCUCAGUACAUCCGCAUCAUCCCGGUGGUGUGUCGCAAGGCUUGCACGCUGCGCUUGGAGCUAGUGGGCUGUGAGCUCAACGCCUCAAUUUCAGUGUACUCCAACGCUUCAGGUUGCUCAGAGCCCAUGGGCAUGAAGUCCCGGCUGGUGUCGGACCAGCAGAUCACGGCGUCCAGCGCUUUCCGCACGUGGGGCAUCGAACCCUUCACCUGGCACCCGCACUACGCCCGGCUGGACAAACAGGGCAAGACCAACGCCUGGACCGCCGCCACCAACAGCAAAUCCGAGUGGCUGCAGGUGGACCUGCAAUCUCCCAAAAAGCUGACCGGAAUCAUCACGCAGGGAGCCAAAGACUUCGGCACGGUCCAGUUCGUCUCUGCUUUCAAAGUGGCUCACAGCGACGACGGCCAGUUCUGGAGCAUCGUGCAGGACGAGACCACCAACAGUGACAAGAUCUUUGCCGGCAACAGCGACAACAACGUGCACAAAAAGAACCUGUUUGAGCCGCCCAUCUUCGCCCGCUUUGUGCGCGUCUUGCCGUGGGAGUGGCACGAGAGCAUCACCCUGCGCAUGGAGCUCCUGGGCUGCGACGAGUAGCACUGACCCCUGACCCUCGGCUCGGCCCCGCCCUCUUUUCUCUACCUCCACCGACAACCAGGUUUUCUCGGUUCUCCCUCUCGUUCGCCUUUCCUGUGCCUGCGCUGGCUCGUUCUUGCCUCUAGAGGGCAGCAAACACUGCCAUCGGUUUGAGAGAGGGAAAGACUGGCGUCCUCAUGGCCGGGUGGGUGUCUCGUCGCUCUGAAUUUGAACCACUUCAGCCUCUGCUGGGGGUCCCGCUGCAGAAGCUCCCAAGACCCCUUGCAAGCUGGUGAUGUAUAUAUAAAGCCUCCACUCUUCUUCUUACCGGCGACUCUUGUUGAAGCACAUGACAUUUUUUCUUUGGAGUUUGCAGAUUAUUGCUGCGGUUUAUCAAGCUUGCAGACAUAAUAAAUCUCAAAGGCAGCCAAGUCUGUGACCAAACGGAGCAGAAUAAACAAAAGAAUUGUUCUGCAGUCCAGUGCUGGAGCCAAAAAGCUCCAUUUGGUGGUUCAUCUCCGUUAUCACCACCACAUGCCGGCAUUGAAAUGAACCAUUUUGCCGUUCUCGCAUUUUUUAUUUUUAUUUUUAGAUAAACACCCGCCCAACUACUGGCGUCUGUGCUAGCAGCGUUUUUUUUUUUUUUUUUUUUUUCUCCUAGCAAACCUGCAUCAAUUGCUACUGAUACCAUUUCAUCUUGUUUUCACUCGCAUUCGCUUUGAUGGCACUUUUGAUAUUUGUGUGUGCAUAAAGAAAGAAAUACUUGUUCAAGAACAAUGCAGAUGUAAACAAAGAAAGAGACCCCCCCCACACACACCACCACCAUGUGACACGCGUCAUGUUUUCCGCCCCAUAAAUUAUGAAUUCUGGGCUCGUGCAAUAUUAUCGUAUUGUGCCGCGCCGGUUCCGAUAACGACGCGUAUUAAUGCGGCGGCGUGAAAAAUGCAUGAGGGGGAAGGUCGCCCGACACUGAAUAAUGAUGCUUCAAUUUGACCACACGUUUGUGUAAAUAUUGUCUUUUCCCUGUUUUUGCUUUUCUACACUUGAUUGAAAUGUUUUUUUUAUUUUUUUAUGUGCUUUCCAUUGGAGUCCAUUUUGUGAGACGCAAGUCCUGUUGUACGGUUAAAACAAGAAUAAAUGUUGAAUUGUACUCCACCCA